AUGUGUGAGAGAUGCGGCAAGCCUUUCAGCGACUCAUCUUCUUUGGCUAGGCACCGCAGGAUUCAUUCUGGCAAACGCCCUUACAAAUGUCCUUAUGCGAAUUGCCAAAAGACAUUCACUCGUCGCACAACCUUGACACGCCAUCAAAAUCAUCACACGGGCACCAUCGAAGAAGCCGCUGCGGAAACCGAGGCGAAUCUCAGACAAAACAAGGAGAAAGGGAGAAUGCCCGGAGAUGGAAUGUUCUCGGAGCAUGGUUCAGUGCAUUCAACGCCUUCCCCCUCUCAUCACCCCAUUUCGCCUGCUGGGGAACUGCCUCCUUUAAAUAUUCCCCGUUCUGCAGGUGAAUACUAUCUCGGCAAUGGUUCUAUUCCUCCCCAUGUCAGAGGCGAUUUUCAGCAGGCGAGCCCUCGGGCAUCUCCCACCUCGACCUCUCCGUCUCUGUCCAGUUUCAGCAGUGCUCCGCUUCCGCGACCGUCUAUGACAUCCCAUCCAUCGGGCUAUGGGCCACCUCAACCGCUUGAGCCGCCCGCCAACAAAGAUCAUCGACCGAAUAGCGUGGGUGGAAGUCCUCAUAUGUCUAGCCUGGGCUGGGCAUCACCUUCCCACACCAGCAUACCAUCUCCUGGUUCUGCACCCGACUUCGGUUAUCCUGAGCCCAGUGGGCCACCGUACCCUGGAUCCGUACCUCCGCACAUGUAUUUUCCGAAUUCCACCAUUCGGCGACCCGGGAGCACAGAACCAGAAAAUUACGAAAUGAAGCCAAAGCUUAGCGACAGUCCAUGGUCCACACCCGUCUAA